AGUGAGACAAGGAAGGGAGAAAAAGAAAGAGGGACGCUCAAGAAAAACCAAGAAAGAAGAAAUUUCUUCUUAUUUUCCCUUUAAAACAAAAAUAAUAAUAAGAAAAACAUUUUUUUUUUUAUAAUUUUUUUUUUAAUCGCGGAUCGGACGCUUUUUUUUCACCCGAGCCGCCACCGAAUCAUCGAUCCGGCAGCGAAUCAUGGAGGGAGUUGGGGCCCGACUCGGACGGUCCUCGACCCGAUACGGACCGGCCACGGUGUUCAAUGGGCCGGUGAGGAAGUGGAAGAAGACAUGGGUCCACGUAUCAUCUCCCUCUACGAGUAGUAGUAGUAGUAGUAGUGCAGCAGCAUCUAACACCACCACCAAUCACUCUCACCACCAUCACGCUCAGAUUCAUACCCCCAACGGUACCACUAACGGUAAUAACGUUUCCCAUCUUGUCCUUUACAAGUGGACCCCAAUUACCCAAAGCCAAAACUCUGCCAUCAAUGGCAAUAACACCAACAACGGCAAUAACACUCCCGAUAAGGUUUCUGUUAAGGCCGACGCUCCUGCGGUGCAUCCUGAGGAGCCUCCAAGGCGCAAAUUCAAAUACAUUCCGAUUGCUGUGCUAGAGGAACAGAAAAAUGAGGCUGCGGAUGAUGAGACUGUGGAAAAGGUUGAAGAUGAAGGUAAACCAAAUGAUACUGAUCUAACCACCAAGGGUGAAGUUUUGGACGAAAAACCAGACAUCAAUGAUGUUCCCAUGGAAGAAACUCAGGUGAGUGUCAUGCUCAUUUUGUUUAAUUUACUGCUAUUGCUUUUUAUUUUUUGUCAGGUUAGCUUUUUCCCAUGUUAACUGAUGGAUCAGGACACUUUACUUCUCGGUUAAAUUAUGAUGGAGAAUAAUCAGGUGGUACGCCAAGACCUGAAUGAGACUUUGGAUCUGAGUCUAGGCCUGAAUGGCCAUGAUGGUGAGAAUAACCCUGAUUCAAAAACUGAUCAGAGCAGAGAUAGUUAGUAGCAAAGGCUGAACGCGACUAUCGUUGGGUCCUGAUUGGCCUUUUAUUUUGUUGUUUGGAUACUUGGAAUUUCAAGAACGAAUGAUUAUUUGUGCCUGAUUAUCAGAAACAUUUUUUUUUUUUUUUUUGGGCCCUUUGGCUCCUUAUUUGGCUUAUAGCAAUUUUAAGGCAAAUGUUUUGCAGCUGCUUUACUUGUACUUUUAGUCUUCAUUUCAUGCUGCAUUGUUGAGCUUAUUUUAUAAAAGACAAUGCCUAUUUUUGAGCA